AUGGCGGGCACGAGAAACUAUGACUUCUUGAUCAAGCUGCUACUCAUCGGAGAUUCCGGCGUCGGAAAGUCAUGUUGCUUGCUGCGAUUCAGUGAGGAUUCGUUCACUCCAUCCUUCAUCACCACCAUUGGCAUCGACUUCAAGAUUCGCACGAUCGAGUUAGAUGGCAAGCGCGUCAAAUUACAGAUAUGGGACACAGCCGGCCAGGAGCGAUUUAGAACCAUUACAACCGCCUAUUACAGAGGAGCAAUGGGAAUUCUUCUGGUUUAUGAUGUAACGGAUGAACGAUCUUUCAACAACAUCAGAACAUGGUUUUCGAACGUGGAACAACAUGCUAGCGAAGGCGUCCAUAAGAUACUUAUUGGCAACAAAUGCGACUGGGAGGAGAAACGAGCAGUAUCAACCGAGCAGGGCCAAAAACUUGCCGACGAAUUAGGCAUUCCUUUCCUUGAAGUUUCCGCCAAGAACAACAUCAACGUUGACAAGGCAUUUUACAGUCUAGCGACAGAUAUCAAGAAAGUUAUGGAUAGCUCAAAGGCGGAACAAGCCGGCGCUCAAGGAGUGAACAUAGAUCAGCAUAGUACUGGCACGAACAGCAAUCUCGGGGGGAAGUGCUGCUGA